CUGGCAUCGUUCAGUAUGCAUCUAGGUUCUCAGUUUUGGAUGACGAUCGUUUCUGGACUUAGCUUGUACUUCAACCUGUCCAGACACGCUUUUGGUGACGUCCAAAUAAUCCUGUUUCCAAAAUACUUUUCUAUAAACAGUGUGCUGAGCGCUAUCACACUGAUACAGUUUGGAAAGAUAAACGUAACCAGGAACUUGUGGGACCUACAGGUAUACACGAUUUAUAAACAGUUGAUCGCGUUGUGCGUGUGCUUCCUGUUGGAACUCUCGAUCUGGCUGUACGUGGUGCCGCCGGUGUUGCGGCUCAUCGCCGCCAAGACGGCCAUCGAGAAGGCGGUUGGCUUGGGUAAGGAAGUGGGUCGCUGCGACCUAGGCCGACUGGUCGACUGCCCUCAUUAUAUGACCAUGCACAGGAUUUUCCGGAAGGUGCACAUGUUUAUGGCAAUAGGGAACGUCGUCACCAUCGUGUGCAGCGUAUUUCACUUGGCGCACAUCGCGUCGUAAGGCGUCAUCAAAAGGCUGCAGCCGCCGCCGACGAACGGAAGUGUACAGGAGAGCAGGAAGACUAUUUAACACACUGCAAAAGCCGAUCUCUGCGCACUAUAAUUAUAUUCGUUUUUUUUUUCGAAAUACAGUGGAACCUCUCAAUACCGGU